AUGUCUAGUACGAAAGACCGUAUCGAGGAUGUUAAAAUAUGGCAGAAGGUCGUACCAGAGGAAGCGCUUCGUCACGAGUUUCUCAUGGAUGGUCUCCUCGCGUUAUCGGCGCUCCACUUGGCAUCGGAGAAUCCAAAGUCGCGAUGGGAAUACACGCAGAUGGCCAUGCAUUAUCAAACCUCAGCUCUAUGCGGAUACCAGGAUGCGCUCCAGAAUAUCACGAGCGACAAUCACAACGGCAUAUUCGCGUACUCCGUCAUCCUCAACAAUCUCUCGCUGGCCUUUCCCAACGUAUGCGCAGACCCAGCAUCCGCCUCGCACGCAGAAAGCAUCAUCACUCUCAUCGAACUCGUACAAGGAACUGGCCGCAUCAGUGCCACAAACGUCGUCUCGCUGCGCUCCGGCAAAUUCGCAGCCUUCUUCGUCAGCUUCCCAUACCACGACCAUCCACUCGCGCCAGACCCAGACGUCGCACACGCCCUAUCCCAGCUCCGAUCUCACGUCGAGUGCAUACGCGAUCCAGCGGACGACUCGCGCCACCGAGCGUACAUCACCGGCAUCGACGCGCUGGAGACGUCCUUUGGUCACAUAGCGGGUGCCCAGCAUUUGGCGCACGUGCUUGUGUGGACGACGAUGGUGAGUAAGGAUUUGGUGAGGCUGUUUCAAGGGGGCGAUGUGAUGGCUAGACUGGUGUUUGUGCAUUAUGGGGUGUUGUUGCUUGAGGCGAGGGGAAGGUGGUGGGCGAGGGAGACGGGGAGGUGUUUGAUAGGGGAGUUGGUGAGGGAUAUUUGUGGGGAAAAGCCAGAGUGGAGGGGAUGGACAGAGUGGGCGGUUGGGAGGGCGGAGGGGGUGGGUAGGGACAGUUGA